AUGAACGUCACUGUGGAGGAGUUUGGCACGGGUCUCAGCCAAUCAGAGAUGAGACCAGUGCACAGAGACAUCUCCAGAACCGUCUCGGCCUCCGUUCCGGAGAACGCACAGCUGUUCAUCAAGCCCGGCCUGCCCUACUACGGCCGGCGGGACCAUGACACGGAGGCGAAGGACAACGGCACUGGACAACGGGACCAUGACACGGAGGCGAGGGACGACGGCGCGGGACAGCGGGAGCGUGACACGGGGGCGAGGGACGACGGCACUGGACAGCGGGAGCAUGACACGGAGCACUCGGAGCUUGUGCAAACCGAGUUCGGCUACACGCCGCUGAUCUGGGAGACGGAGCCUCCGCAGCGGCUCUCGAUGGCCAUCCAGUGCCGCGACUUCAUCACUGACAGCCAGGGCAGCGUCGUCUACUUCAUCCCGCCGCAAGCGCCGCUCGUGGACAGUGUUGACGUCAGGCUGACCGGGCGCCACGGCGGCAGAGCUCUCAGCCGCGAACUCGUGGCUUUCGUCUCCCCCUCCAACUCCUACCUCACCAUCGACCCCCACCUGCUGCCCGACGAACUGCCAUGCCGCGGUGACGUCACCGUUCAGCUGCUGACGUCAUUGGAGACGGACGUGCCGCCAAUGGUGUACCAGGUGAUGACGCGCGGCCAGAUCCUGCAAUCGGGCCAGGUGUCCAUCUCGAACCUGACGCUGUCAGUGACGCCGAACAUGAGCCCGCAGUUCAAGCUGCUGGUGUUUCUUCGUGCUGGACUCGGGCGAGGUG